UUCCAUGAAGUAGUUGCUCCUCAUUCAAAUCACAAUCACCCUCUUCCUUCAUAAGUUCUUCAACUCAUCAUCACUGAGAACCAAACCUCAAUUUAAGCUAUAUUUAGAUUAUAAUGGCGAUGAUGAAGAUGAGCAGCAGCGGAAGCAAGAGGAGGCUAUCGAGCAGAGGGCUCGGGGGCGCCCUCCGGGAGCAGAGGGCUAAGCUCUACAUCAUCAGGAGAUGUGUUGUCAUGCUCCUCUGCUGGCAUGACUAGCUUAGCUUAGCUAUAGCUAGUAGAACUGAACUGAUGCAAAGUCUCCGUUGUCCUUUUGGUGUCGGCUGCAUUCCCGGAGAGGCAUCAUCAAUCGAUUGAGCUUUGAUAUGGAACCGGGAAGCUGACUGGGGUAAGAGACAUUCAGCUACGGCACAGUCCCUCCCUAGUCCUAGCUAGCCCCGGAACCUCAUAUGAAGAAAGCGAUACUGAUCGUGGGUCCUGUAUCGCGGAAGCCGCUCCUGAAUAUGUUACCGAAGAUCCAGUGUGCCUCAUGGUUAUAAUCUUCGAUACUGGAUCUGUCUCUCCUUAAAGAAGGGCUUACAAUCAGAGGCCCGUUUCCCGCUAAUAAGUGUAUAUAUAUAUACUAGUAACGAUGAUGGUGAGGCUAAUGAGCGAGUUUUGUACCGUGUGGCAUUACGCCAAGAAGAUAUAUGUACACUGGAUAUAUUAAAUCUUGACAUGGAAUGAAUCUUAAUAUAUUCGUUAUUCUUUCA